AUAUUCUAAUCAUGUCUUCAUAAUUUAACUUUGACAUUGACUUUUUGAUUAGAUUUUCUGUGUAUAAGACUUGCCACUUUUAAAGGCAUUGCACAAAUGGUAGCAGCUGCGUAAGUUUUAAAUUUAAAAGUUUAACCUGACUAAACCAAAUAGCUUUAAAAUGUGGAUCAUAUACACCAUUCUGUAUUACUUCACCAUGAUGAGUAGGAACUCUCUUAAUUAAUGUUUAAUGAUUCUUCUUUUUUUUUUUCUCAGAUGUUAAUUAUCUUCCUUGCGAUGAAUGCUAGUCGACUUUACCUAUAUUUAUCGAAUUCUCAGUAAAUGAAUCGGACCAUAUUGAGUUAUUAAAUUGUUUAGAGUGAGUGUUUUGGCCUGAGCUCAGACACACUUGUUUAUUUCACAUUUAACACAUUUAUUCUUGUAUUUCUCAGGAGUUUGGUGUAUUUUAUUUAUAUUUGUGUAGUAAAUCAUGGCUGUUGUCAAUGAAGGAGCUAUUAAAAAGAUGCUGAAGCAAUACAAAUACAGAGAUCUCGCUGUCCGAGAGAUAAUAAACGUCAUCUCUCACUAUAAAGACCUCAGACCUGCUUUGGAUGCGUACGUGUUUAGUGAUGGAUCAUCCAGAGACUUGAUGAGCCUCGCAGGAACUGUUCCAGUUAGUUAUAGAGGGAAUGUGUAUAAUAUUCCCGUGUGCUUGUGGCUGCUGGAUACAUAUCCCUACAAUCCUCCUACAUGUUUUGUGAAGCCCACCAGUGCGAUGAUGAUCAAAACUGGCAAACACGUCGACGCCAACGGCAAGAUCUACCUGCCAUACCUGUACGAGUGGAAACAUCCCCAGUCAGAUCUGUACGGGCUCAUCCAGGUCAUGAUUGUGCUGUUUGGCGAGGAGCCGCCUGUUUUCUCCAGAUUCACCACACAAUCUCCUUACCAGGCCGUCCUAGCAGCCGGACCCCCAAACCGAGUUAAACAAGGGAUUGCAUGGCCAUCUGCACAGACUUCAUCAGAAGAACUGGAAACUGAAUCUCGCUCUCAAAAUACAGAAAUACUACAGAUGCAAGCUAUCCAACAAAUGACUGAGGACAUGCGAAUCACCUGGCGGAAUGAAUCCUCUACAAGACAUAGUACAAAAAUAAAGGAGCUGUUAAGAGAGCCUAACAUAAAAAAUAUAGACAGCCUCUACUUUUAUAAAGAUGAGAAGUACAUGAUUGGGUCUGGAGGAAGUGGCACACAAGUAUAUAUUGGAAUAAGAAAAGACGGUAUUGACGUGGCCAUUAAACUAAUAACCAAGAACCCAAAGAACAACAAAGACUUUGAAAAUGAACUGAAGCUUUUGCAAGAUUUAAAGCUUGAAAGCAAGAAUAUCGUCAGGUAUGUGACCUGUGCAGAGGAUGAAGAUUUUUACUAUCUUGCAAACCAGCUUUGUGAAUAUGAUCUAGAGGAGUAUAUGGAAUAUCUUCGUCAGCCAGAGCAAAAGGACAGAAAAGAGACCGCUUUGAGGAAAAUAGUGAAGGAGAUGCUUCUUGGCCUUCAAGUUCUUCACCGUGCUGGAGUGAUACAUCGUGAUAUAAAGCCUAGAAAUGUUUUGAUAGAUAAAGAAGAAAGGGCAAGGCUGGCUGACUUUGGUAUAAGUCGCAAACUGGACGAGGGGAAAAGCAGAGUUUAUACUGAUAGAGCUGGUACACAAGGCUGGGAGGCAACCGAGAUCCUGGAACAGUUCGAACAGGGCAAUGCAGCGAUCAAAGCUCAUUACAAACAGAGCUCUGACAUUCAGGUUGCGGGGAUGUUAACAUAUUACAUCCUCUCUGAUGGGAAACAUCCUUUUGGUUACGUCAUCUCACGUGAAGCGAACAUUCUAGAAGGGAAACGUGUUCGGGAUGAUGUCAAAGACAGCACAGCAAUGGAUCUCAUAGAUUGGAUGAUCAGCAAAGACCAAUCUGAGAGACCGACCGUCGACAAGGUCCUAGAUCACCCUUUUUUCUGGGAUGAUAAACGAAUAAGAGAGGUUCUUCACAAUCUGGGGAAUAAAGAGGAAGUCCAGGGAUGCAAGAACUACAAAAACAAUGAAAAGCUUUAUGAAACUGUACAGAAAUACACAGAGGGAAAAACCUUUUCUGACUGGAAGACAAAGGCUCCUAAGACAUGGACAAAAAUUGGAAAAAAUCUUCCCAAUAACUUGCUUGGCCUGUUACGGCAUUUACGCAAUGCACUGGGACAUCGGGAAAAAGAGUUCUAUGACGAGAAGAUGAUUGAUGAGUUUCCAGAUUUCCUUAUCAGUUUACAUAGGCUGGCUAUGGAAAUGGGCUGGGAAUAUUGAAGACACCUGUACACAGUCUUUCUUUUUUAUUUUCAUAUCAUGC